AUGACCCAAGGUGCAGGCAACGGCCACCCUAACGGGUUGGCGCUGCCUCAUGUCCGAACACUUCCCCUUUUCUACGACAGCGAAGAUUACCAGCAAUCUGCGACUAGUCUAAUCCUGACUGUUCGACCAGACUGGGCCUCCGACGACUCCAACAUCGAAUUCGUUCGCUUCACCGACGGCAUCACCAAUACCCUGCUCAAAGCCAUCAACAAGCGAAAAGGCUGGUCCAAGGAGGAUAUAGACAGGGAGGCUAUAUUGUUGCGCGCAUAUGGCAAUGGAACUGCUGUCCUAAUCGAUCGCGAGCGCGAGGCUCAGAAUCAUGAGCUUCUCAUGAAGCAUGGCCUUGCUCCCGAGCUGCUCGCCCGAUUCCAGAAUGGAAUGCUCUACCGCUUCAUCAAGGGCAGUGUUACAGCCCCGGAGGACCUCAGCAAGCCGCAUAUCUAUCGAGCUGUUGCCAGCAGGUUGGCUCAGUGGCAUGCGACAGUGCCCUGCAUUACGCACCCGUUGUCGACGAACGGCAAUGCCAAGGAUUACCAUCAGGACCUGGAAGCCAUCAUCGAGAAUGCCGCGCCUGGAAAGCCUGUGCCUAACCUUUGGUCAGUGAUGCAGAAAUGGAUUCUGGCGCUACCCAGCGACACGCAAGUCCAGAGGGAGAGACAAGACAAGCUUCAAAAAGAAUUCGAAUAUAUUGUGGAGGAGUUUAGCCAGCGCCCGGGUCUAGGUGUCGAUGGUCUCGUUUUUGCCCACUGCGAUCUAUUGAGCGGAAACGUGAUUGUGCUGCCGAGUACUGUUCCUGCCAAGGGAAGCAAGAAGGAAGCCAUAGUCACGUUCAUCGACUACGAAUAUGCCACGCCGUCGCCAGCCGCUUUCGACAUCGCCAACCACUUGGCCGAAUGGGGUGGUUUCGACUGCGACUACAACUUCAUGCCCACCCAGUCCCAGCGUCGAGAAUUCAUCGAGGAGUAUAUUCGCUCGUUUUUCAAAUACUCCGAAAGCAACACCAAUGUCGAUGUCGAGACGGAGGUCAGAAAACUUACAUACGAGGUGGACCUCUUCCGUGGUGUGCCAGGAUUCUACUGGGGUAUCUGGGCGUUGAUCCAGGCCGUCAUCUCGGAGAUUGAUUUUGACUACGCCUCGUAUGCGGAAACGCGCCUUGCCGAGUACUGGGCGUGGAAGGAAGAGAAAGAAGGCAGCAGGGCCGCGGCCGGCAAAGAGAAACCUUUGCGCGAGAGACGAUGGGAACAACUGGAGUAA